AACGUCUUUAAAGCUGCAAAGGUAUAGAGCGAUAUUCUGAAAUAAAGCGCCGUUUUCUGAUUAUCCCUAAGUCACUCACUCUACUUGAAUCUAACCCCAUUUUUAGGCUUUCAUUCCUGCUAUCAAAACACACGUACCUGCUCGUACCUAUGCUUCUGCAGGUGCUAACUGGGCCGCCCAAAAGGUCUCCAUGUCUAAUUUGGAACCCGAUAAAUACAUCAAUUAUCAAAGAAUCGAAGACAAUCUUGCUAUUGUUCGUAAGAGAUUAAAUCGCCCUUUAACUCUCUCCGAAAAAAUCGUAUAUGGUCAUUUGGAUGAUGCUGAAAAUCAAGAAAUCACUCGUGGUAAAUCAUACCUCAAACUUCGUCCUGACCGUGUUGCUUGUCAAGAUGCUACUGCUCAAAUGGCUCUUCUUCAAUUCAUGUCUGCUGGUCUUCCUACUGUCGCUGUCCCUUCUACUGUCCACUGUGAUCACUUGAUUGAAGCUCAAGUCGGCGGUGUUAAAGAUUUGGCCCGUGCUAUCGAUAUCAACAAGGAAGUCUAUGACUUCUUGGCUACUUCUACUGCUAAAUAUGGUUUGGGCUUUUGGAAGCCUGGAUCAGGUAUUAUCCAUCAAAUCAUUCUUGAAAACUACGCCUUCCCUGGCGGUCUCAUGAUCGGUACUGACUCUCAUACUCCUAAUGCCGGUGGUCUCGGUAUGGUCGCCAUCGGUGUGGGUGGUGCCGAUGCCGUCGAUGUCAUGGCUGAUAUUCCUUGGGAACUCAAGUGCCCCAAGGUCAUUGGUGUCAAAUUGACGGGUAAGCUCAAUGGCUGGACUUCACCCAAGGAUAUUAUUCUUAAGGUCGCCGGUAUCUUGACCGUGAAGGGUGGUACGGGUGCCAUUGUUGAAUACUUUGGUCCUGGUGUUGAAUCUUUCUCCUGUACCGGUAUGGCUACCAUCUGUAAUAUGGGUGCUGAAAUCGGUGCCACUACCUCCUUGUUCCCCUUCAAUGAUCGUAUGGCUGACUACCUUCGUGCCACGAAGCGUGCCCCUAUCGCCGACUACGCCAAGCAAUUCUCUCACAACCUCAAAGCCGAUGAAGGUGCUGAUUACGAUGAAUUGAUUGAAAUCAACCUUGAUACUCUUGAGCCCCAUAUUAACGGUCCCUUCACUCCUGAUUUGGCCACCCCUCUUUCCAAGUUCAAGGAAACUGCCAUCAAGAAUGGCUGGCCUCAAGAACUCAAGGUUGGCUUGAUCGGUUCUUGUACCAACUCCUCCUAUGAAGACAUGACCCGUUCUGCCUCCAUUGUAAAGCAAGCUGCUGACCACGGCGUGUCCAUGAAGUCCAAAUACACCGUGACUCCUGGUUCGGAACAAAUUCGUGCCACCAUUGAACGUGAUGGCAUCAUGGAAACCCUUACCAAUGCCGGUGGUAUUGUUCUCGCCAAUGCCUGUGGUCCUUGUAUCGGUCAAUGGGAUCGUAAGGACGUCAAGAAGGGCGAAAAGAACUCCAUCAUCACCUCUUACAACCGUAAUUUCACCGGCCGUAAUGACGGUAACCCUGAAACGCACGCUUUCGUCGCCUCUCCCGAAAUCGUGACUGCCUUGUCCAUUGCGGGUGACAUGCACUUCAACCCUAUGACCGAUUCUCUUGUCGGUGCGGACGGUAAGCCCUUCAAGCUCGAACCUCCCACAGGUGAAGCUCUUCCAUCCAAGGGCUAUGACGCCGGUGAAAAUACAUACCAAGCUCCUCCUGAAGAUCGUGCCACGGUCUCUGUCGCCGUCGACCCUCAAUCGAAACGUUUGCAACUCUUGGAACCUUUCGAGAAGUGGGACGGCAAAGACAUUACCGACGUCCCUAUCCUUAUCAAGGUCAAGGGCAAGUGUACCACCGAUCACAUCUCUAUGGCCGGUCCUUGGUUGAAGUACCGUGGUCAUCUCGAUAACAUCUCCAACAACUUCUUGAUUGGUGCCACAUCGAGUGAAGGAAAGGUAAACAGUGUGAAGAAUCAAUUCACUGGCGAAUACAAUGGUGUCCCCGACACCGCUCGUGAAUACAAAGCCAGAGGCGUCAAGUGGGUCGUCUUUGGUGACGAAAACUACGGUGAAGGCUCCUCUCGUGAACAUGCCGCCUUGGAACCCAGAUUCCUUAACGGUGCCGCUGUCAUUGUCAAAUCCUUUGCUCGUAUUCACGAAACCAACUUGAAGAAGCAAGGUAUGCUUCCUUUAACAUUCGCCAACCCUGCUGACUAUGACCUCGUCGAUGCCGAUGAUAAGGUCGAUAUUCUUGGUUUGCGUGAAUUCAAGGAAGGCCAACCUUUGACCGUCAGACUUCACAAGAAGAGUGGUGAAACCAAAGACAUCAAGGUCAACCAUACUUUCAAUGACAACCAAAUCUUAUGGUUCAAGUAUGGUUCUGCCUUGAACCUCAUGAAGGCCAAUGCCAAGCAGUAA